AUGAAAAAUACUGAUGAAGCUAGAAAGUCACCAAGUUAUUUUGGGGAUGAAAAUGAAUACUACUACAAAGACUCUUUGGUGUUGGAGUGGAAGGGAAAUGAGUGUAAUUUUUUAAAAAUCUUGACUGUGUUCACGACCAUUGAUCUCUCAAGUAACAAAUUUGAAGGGAGUAUUCCUAGUGCCUUAGGACAACUUCUUUCCCUUCGAAGUUUGAAUUUAUCACACAACAUGUUGUGUGGUAGUAUCCCCCGUUCUUUUGGAAAACUAUCUGUGUUGGAAUCAUUAGACCUUUCCUCAAAUCAGCUUGUUGGGAAAAUUCCAAAGGAGUUAGCACCUCUUACAUUUCUCAGUGUUUUCAAACUCUCUCAUAAUCAUCUUACAGGAUGCAUACCAAAGGGGAAUCAAUUCAAUACAUUUGAAAAGAGUUCUUAUGAAGGGAAUGAUGGCCUACGUGGAUAUCCAAUGACAAAAGAUUGUGGGAAUGGUGUCUCAUCUCAACCACCUACCCUAGAAGUGCUCCAUCAAGAAAACAAUGUGAGCAUUUUAUAUGGGUUCACUUGGAAAGUUGUGUUGUUGGGCUAUGGUUGUGGCACUGUUUUUGGAAUGGUAAUGGGGAGUCUCAUGCUUUUAACUGGAAAGCCCUUUUGGAUUAUCAGAAUUGUUGAAGAAGAAGGAUACAAAAUUAUGAGGAAAGGGAAUAGAAAGAGGUCAAAGACACCAAGGAGGGGAAGAAGAAGAACCUAG